UCUCCUUCUCUCGCGCCCAAAUACAAAUACUUGCACAAAUCCCCCAUUUGGUUUUGGUGACGAUGGCUGAUGUUUUUCCGGCUCCGGCGAGUCCUGGUGGUGGAAGCCACGAGAGUGGUGACCGUAGUCCGAGAUCGAAUGUUCGGGAACAGGAUAGGUACCUUCCGAUCGCGAAUAUCAGUCGGAUCAUGAAGAAGGGGCUUCCAGCGAAUGGGAAGAUUGCCAAGGAUGCGAAAGAAACUGUUCAGGAGUGCGUGUCAGAGUUCAUCAGCUUCGUCACCAGCGAAGCAAGUGAUAAGUGCCAAAGAGAGAAGAGGAAAACCAUUAAUGGCGAUGAUCUGUUGUGGGCAAUGGCGACUUUAGGGUUCGAAGACUAUAUUGAGCCUCUCAAGGUGUAUUUGAAUAGAUGCAGAGAGAUCGAGGGUGAUGCCAAGGGAUCAGCAAAGAGUGGAGAUGGGUCUGCUAAAAAAGAUGGAGUACAGCCUAGUUCAAAUGCUCACAAUGUUGCAAAUUCUCUUAUGCUUGCUCAUCAAGGUUCAUUUUCACAAGGUGUGAAUUAUGGGAACUCUCAGUCUUAACAUACGAUGGUUCACAUGCUAUGCUCAGAGCGGUAGUUGUCUUCUUGGUCGUUUUAACCAUUAGUAUCCUGUUCAAGGACAUCAUGUUUAAAGGUUAGGAAACAUUCUAUAAAUAUUCGUCGUAAUUAAAGUGUUGUAACAAUUUGGGUCGAUUUUUGGUGCUCUCAUACACUUAGCAUUAUUUUGUGGUGAAGUUUGUGUAUUAUUUAAGGUGUCAUUUGAAGUAUAUUGAUUAUUAAUAGGUAAUUACUGAACAUCUGGUGAUUUUUUUAUGAUAAGUAGAUUGAUUAUUAUUAAUUAGUUAGGGAACAUGUAGUGAUUUCUAUG